AUUGCUGCCAUAUUUAAUUUCAACUUGUUCCUGUGGUGUAUUUUGGUCCUGUUCCUGUACAUUCUGGUGCUGCAUUUUUCUUUUUUCUAGACUCUUCGUUUUGUUUUGAAAUGCAGUUUAUGUUCGUAUCGUGGUUACCAUUUUUUUCUUUCUCAAAAUGCAUGAGUUUGUAUUUGGUAGUACUCCUAGUUGCUAACUCUUGAAUGCUCCUGCCUGUCUGUGUAACUCAUUUGUUUUCUUCUCAAAAUGCACUACUAGCUGUUUUAAACCCCGGGCGUCUUGCCCCAUCCGGAGUCCCAAAUCCGGCCCAAAUUAGCAACUCUUUUACUACCUUCUGUCACCUGCCCGAUCGAGAUUAGCAUAGCGAGUGCGGUCACAUGGAGUAGGUAUUGGCAAUUUGGCAGGAAGUAAAGGAGGCAGCAAUAGAUUCCGGGCUUCCAGCACCAAAAUACUGUUCAUGGCGUUCCCCUACGCGCAUGCUUUCCCAGAGGCUGCGGCACUGUGCAGUGCAGUGGGUUGGCAACGUGGGAAGAGUAAUUGUGGGUCACCGGCCACGAGAGACACGGAACCUGGAGGAGAGUUAAAAGAGGAGCAGAGCCUCUGCGUUCUGAUACCAUCCGGGGCUCGAUCCGGCUGCCCGCCGGCCGCGCCGCGCCGCGCAUCCAUGGCCUGUUCAACUGCCCCCGGCAACACUGGUACUCUGACGAUGUCACAUGUCCUAUAGUUUCAGGGGGUACUCGCCUAUAAGCUAUAACCAUUUUUUUUUUGCCACGAAUCACCGGCCCAUCACGUUCUCCUUUGCGAAGAAAACAUAUCCAUGAGAUCGUCCCGUGAAAGUUUCUCCUUUUUUUUUCUGGCUGCUUUUUGGUCUCGUCCGUUUGCAUCCAUUUGUAUUUUUCUGUAGCUACCCUGAGAGUUGUUUAUACAGUGUCAGUAGAGUGGAGCGGGCUGUGGUGCGUGUGGCCCCCGGCCACUUUCAGCAGCGUCAAGUGCGCAUCUGCGCCUUCAUUUGACUUUGGGGACUGAAAGGAGGACUAGCGUGCUGCACUCUGCUUUUUAGAUGCUGGGCAGGUAGAAAGAACAGGGCUACGACUUGCACAAUGCAUAACGGCCGAAUAAUGUGUGGAUGCCAUGUGGCAGAUACAUGUGCUUCUCGUCACGGGAGUAGCACUGUUUUGGGGUGCGUAGAAUACUAAACGGGUAUGACUUUGCUCAUUUUUCUUGUCCUACGGACUGCUGUAUAGGUGAUCCAUCAUUUCCUCUGAAGUAAAAAACCAGUAAUUGAAUUGGAUCUGUAGUGUUUUCAGACUCGCUGAGUCUGAAUUAUUCAGACUGAACCUUCACUGUACUGUGCUUCUUCUCAAGAUUUACCCUGUGAUUUAUGAUCAGGCUGUAGAGGGUGGCCAUUUUUUAGGUGUACGAGUUCUGCUUCGGUGGCUUUAAGUGGAUAUUCUUUUUCUUAUGCAGUUCUGUGAUGGGGUGACUACAUACAAUGGCCUCGAGAGAUGCAUUUUCAACAGUUCCUCCUAUGAUGAGGAUAGUGGCAUUAGUGCAACAACUGGGGUAGAUGGAUGUGUCACCACUGAUUCCCUUGAUGAUGAAGUUUCAAGUUGCUCCUCCAGCAAAGAUGUUGAUGGGUCUUCCUUCUCUUCACAAUACAUUUCAUCGAGCAAGCAGGAGGAGCAUUCAGUUUAUGGGUUGGAUACACUUGACACUGUCCAUCAACUACCUGUCAAAGGGAAGAAUCCAAUCAGAUAUACAUUGAGUGCUUCAGAUAUUGAAACCAUGAAGGAGAAAUUUGCAAAGCUGCUGCUCGGUGAUGACAUUUCGGGAGGUGCGAGGGGUGUUUGUGCUGCUCUGGCCUUGUCCAAUGGGAUAACCAAUCUCUCAGCCACUAUUUUUGGAGAGCUGUGGAAGCUGGAACCACUGUGUGAGGAGAAAAAGAUCAGGUGGCGGAAGGAAAUGGACUGGUUACUUUCUCCCACAACUUACAUGGUCGAGCUGGUUCCGACAAAGCAAAAUGGAGCAGAUGGGUGCAUAUUUGAGAUUAUGACUCCAAAGGCCCGUUCAGAUGUUCAUGUGAACCUUCCUGCUCUGCAGAAGCUUGAUUCUAUGCUCAUUGAAGUUCUGGACUCAAUGGUGGACACAGAGUAUUGGUACGUGGAGAGUGGUAGCCGAGCUGGUGACCGGGGCAAAAAUAAUGGUCCAAGACAGACCAAAAAGUGGUGGCUCCCAUCCCCUUGUGUCCCUGAACAAGGGUUAUCUCAAUUUCAGAGAAAAAGAAUAAUAUUUCAGGCUAAACUUGUCCAUCAAAUCCUCAAAGCUGCAAAGUCAAUCAAUGAGCAGGUCCUGCUUCAGAUACCUAUUCCCACAGCUGUUAUGGGCGCCCUUCCUAAGUCUGGCAGAGCUAGCUUGGGUGAAGACUUGUACCAUGCUAUAACCACCGACUAUAUUCCUAUAGAAGAUAUCUUCAUUUCUCUCAGUUUAAAAACUGAGCAUAGUGUGCUUGAGACUAUGAACCGGUUAGAAGGUGCAUUGUUUGCAUGGAAUCAAAGGAUCUCAGAGGAAAGAAGCAAGAAAUCCCCAGGGCGUCAUUCCUGGAAUUUCAUGAAGGACAGUUCAUCAGAAGUAGAGAAGAUGACUGCAUGUAUAGAAAGGGUUGAAACUCUCAUGCAGCUUCUGAAAUCCAGAUUUCCCAACCUGCCUCCAACAUUUACAGAUGUUGUGAAGGUCCAGUAUAACGAGGACGUUGGGCAUGCCAUUGUGGAGGCAUACUCCAGGGUUCUUGUUGGGGUCUCAUUCAGCAUACUGUCAAGGAUAGCAGAGGUCAUGCUUGAGGACGACCUGAUCAAGAAGCCCAACACACCCAUGGCCACCCUGAAGUUUGACCUGUCGUCCGACGUAUACCUGGCGGGGAUCACCGAGACGCCGCCAGGCCACAUCCGACGGUCACUCAUGGACCAGAUCAGCAUGGUCGACGGUCGCUUCGAUACGGUCGUCAAGAAGAAGGGGGCUAAGCAGCUGAUGUGGUGAAAGAUAGACCAUGUGAAGUGAAGCUCUUGGCAGUGGUCGUAGGGCUGUUGUACAGGGUGAUGCGAGGGGGACUGCGUCCCGGCUACAUACAGAAGUUCUUUUACCUUGCU